AUUACCCAAAAUAAUCCCAACUUUACCCGGUCUUUCAAAAAUAAUCCCACCUUUCACUGUGAUGCAUAAUAAUCCCAACUUUAUUGAAAUUUGCCAGUUUUGGGUCGCCGUUAAGUUUCUAACGGAGGAUGUCUGUGCUGGAAGUUAUCACCAAAGCGUCAACCGAGACAAACCGUCCUGAAGCUGACCUCAAAUACCCAAUCAUCCUGAACCCUGGACCAGUUCUCUUAGAACUGAAGCCCCAAGACCAUGAUACAAAGAAUGACUUGCCAGUUAAAGAAGCUAGUGGGUGGAAUUUCUCCAAAAUCGACACUGAAAGCAUUGAGCUAGGGCAAAGAUUCUUCAAAAAACUGAAAAGGAAGCUUAAAAACCCAACCGCAUUCAACCAGGAUGAAUUUUUGAAGAUUCUGAGUUCAUAUCUUUUGAAUAUUGCAGCGAAAUUGGGCACUGCAAACAAUAUUACCAUGUCUGAUAAAGGUUAUGUUGGUAAAUUAGUUGGAAAAUCAGGCCUUUUCAUGGGCAGGGAUGUGAAGGGGCUAGUUUUGGAGGCUUGUAUUCUGCUAGAAUGCUGGGAGGUUUUAGAGAGUUUGAUUGUUAACGGGCUUGUGGAGCACUCUUACUUUUCAAGCUUAAUAAGCAAUUUGAUUGAAAAGAAUAGGUCAGACUUGAUUGUUUUGUGCAUGAAGCAUCUUUCUGAUCUCCAAGCUCUUGAUAUUAUGCGCAUUUUGAAGUACUUUAUUUCACUCCCUCUAAAUGGGCACGGUAAUAUUCUCAGUGUCAGGAAAGAAUGGGAAAGCCAAGCAUUGUUGGCCAUACAAAAGUUGAAGGAGUAUGAUGGCCAAGCACUCUUGGCAAGUGAGAAGGUGAAGGAUAAAAUCCUUAGGAAGCGAUUGACAUUGGCAAGGGAUGCUUCACUAUUAUUAAUGAUAGCGUAUGAUGGGUUUUCUGCAACAGAGUUGUGUUUGCAUUAUCUGCUAUCGUCUCGGGACUAUGAUGAAGUGAUAUUGGCUGCUUGUUUCAGUGGUUUAAAUGGCUCGGAGAUUAUGCGUUUGGUUAGGUACUUGGGAAAGUGGCUGAAGAAAUAUGAAAAGUUCCCUUAUGUGAGUCCUUGUCCCGAGGCAUCCUCUGCAUUAGGUUUGACAGCUUGCGAUUGGAUUCCUAGGGUAGAAGAUAUUGUCAUAUACUUGAUGAGCAUUUUUCUACUCUGGUCCUCCAUCCAGAGUUCCACGAGGAAUUGAAGUCUAUAAAUGAAACUGUGAAUUCGUUAGCUUCAGAAGCCAGAUUUUGUGCUACGUUGUCAAGUUUAACUCGUGCUUUGAGAUGAAAUGCAAAGGGAAAUUAUUGGGGUGCUUUGCUGGAAGCCAGGAUUUGCUUCUGUCUUAUUUUUUUGGUAGGUUGAGGGUAUGAUAGGG